AUGAGGCAGCUAUGGCACGUAGAAAUAAAACUUCCUUUAAGCUCAUUUUAUGGUCCCGUUUCAAUACGACGUUACGGUCUAUGGGGUCACGUUUGCAGUAAUGACUUCGAGGAUGAGGACGCGCUAGUCGUCUGCUCUCAGUUAGGGUACUUGUCCGGGACUGCAGUCAAAACUUAUGCUACUCCAGGAUUUCCAAUUAUACAAGGAUCUGUCAACUGCGAAGGUGAUGAAGCAGAGAUAAAGGACUGUACCCGUGGAUCAUUUACUGACAAUCCCGGUUGUUACGACACGGACACAGUAGCCGGUGUGAUUUGUUACAACAAUCCUGGAUUGACCUUUGAAACGAAUGACUUAGAUGAAGAAACGGGUCGAAUGACAACGGGUGUGGCGAUCAAAGCAAAUGGCCAGAAACUAUUUGUUUCCCAAGUAAAAUUUACAAAUACUGACGCGGCUGUUUACUGUUAUACGACAGACUACGCUGGUGGUGAGACUUACCAUGCCGGAUCCGGCUCAUACGGUGUCACGGACUUGAGCUGUGAUGGAACAGAAGAAUCUAUCUUGAAGUGCCCAGCCACGUGGGACCCUCAGAAAACCAGUGGUAAACUAGCAGAUCUUGCUGGAGUCACGUGCUAUCCUGCUGUGAGAUUAGUUGGGGGUGACCCUACAUAUUACGGUGUUUUGUUUACAGCAAAAGGUGUAAAUAAUGGACCGGUGUGUUCUAAAGGCUUUGAUAAGGUCGAUGCAGGUGUUGCAUGUUCAAGCCGCCUCGGUUACGAUUCUGGAGUGGUUCUCUGCUGUGCUCCGUUUGGGGAUAUAGAUGAAAAGCCAGUCAUGACAAACGUUAGGUGUACUGGAGAUGAACAACGGUUAACAGAGUGUAUGCAUGAUGAUGUUGGUAACGAAGACUGUUCGAGAGAUUAUGUUGCUAUAGCGUGCAUCACUGGACCUACAGAGUAUAAGCUGAGUUUACCGUCCACAGCUACUAGUUCCUAUGCCGGUAAUCUUGUUUUAACAUACAUGGGUAUUGAUGGGAGUAUUUGCUUGGAUGGAUGGGACGAUAAUGAUGCUCAUGUUGCUUGUAGAGAAUUAGGAUACCAAACGGGCAUGGCGUACAAUGCCGCAAAGUCUGUUUCUGGGCCAUUUUGGACAUCACAAGUAAAUUGCAACGGAGACGAAACUAAAUUAUCACAAUGCAAGUUCACUCCAUUUGGUGAGGUGACAGGUUGUAGCAGUUUGCAAGGGCAUGCUGGAGUUAUCUGUUUUGACAAUGAAGGAGUAUUUUCCCGUCUCUUUGGGUCAGGGGAGGAACGCUACGGCCGCGUGGAGCUUUCUGUUGCUGGAGAAUGGCGCACGAUUUGUAACACGCAUUGGGAUAACAAUGACGCCAAUGUGUUAUGCAAAAUGCUCGACUUUAGAGCCGGGGAAGCAUUUCAGGAGAACUACAAUGAGACAGCAGAAGGUCCAGUUUGGGACAUAAACUUUAUGUGUGGUGGAACAGAGACCGCUCUGACGACGUGCUUCUCUUCUGGAUGGAAAUCAGCGACUUCGGAAACAUGUGCAAGGCAUGAAAAUGAUGCUGGGGCAUUUUGUUAUACAUCUGUUAAACUGUCCACUGGUGUUGGACGCAGAACAGAUCAAGGCGGUGUGCUUUUUAACAAAGAAGACACCUGGUAUACACUGUGUGGAAAUAAUUUCACAGACAUUUCUGCGAAGGUUGUGUGUAAAGAACUAGGCUUUGAGGAUGGUUUAAGUCGAUGCUGCUCUCCAUUCGGAGACAUUCGUCAAUAUCCUCGUCUCAAAACCUACAAGGUGAUGUGUACUGGAGAUGAGACGGAUGUUACAGAUUGUCUUGUCGAAGAGGAAUGUACAGGGGAAGAUUAUGCAUCUGUUGUUUGUUAUGGGUUUUCUCUUACCACAUCAGGGCCAGUUACAAAAACAACAAAGACACCAGAGGAAGGCUUUGAUCCAUUACCUGUUAUAAUAGCAGUUGUUUUAUUCGUUUGUCUUGUUGUGAUUUUUAUUGUCGUCAUUUAUUGCCUGCGAAAACGGAGGAAAAAGCAAAAGAUGGAUGCAAGCAAAGAACAUUUUGAUAACACGAUAAUCAGAGAGGAUACUGAUGGGAGUUUCCAAUUUGAAAACAGACUUCAUAAUCCGGUUCCGACGCCUGAAACUUCCCGCGUGGUGUACGGAAGUCGUGAUGGAGAUCAUUUUGCGAAAAUAUCGCCAACUUACAGAAAUCCAGGUUAUGAAACGUCCUUUGAUGUUGCUUCCAGGCACGAGCCUGUCUCCUCCGUUGGGUCUUCAGAACAAAAUAAACCUGUUUCUGAUAGUAAUACGCACGUUUAUGAUUACCCAAUAGCUCACAGUAGCACAAAAGACCCUCAUUUAUACCUCAGUUUAAAAAGGGAAGGCGAAACGUCCCAGUAUUCGCAGCCACGGGGUUCAAACAUUGAUCAUUCCAAUACCUCUGACAUGUCUGACAGUACGAACAGUCAUAUAGCACUAGCGAAUCAGGAUGAGGUGGCAUCUCCAACAGAUGAUAAAGUUGAACCUCAUUUCCUUCAAGUUGCAGAUGUCAGUGUGGAUCCAAAAACAAAUCCGGAUAAUUAGAUGCUCAAUACUACAUGUAUAUGUUCCUUGUAUAGCUACAUUCUGUAUACAUAUACAAAUAAUAAAUCUCUAUAUUAAAAAACUUUAACAUUAAUGUAUUGUAAAAUUUUGAAAUUACAAAUGGCUAAAGAAUUUCCUUUUUAGAAGAGUUACUAUGAAUGUUUAUUAUUGGCGACAUGAAUGUAAUUUGUGUCGGCAUUUAUUUGAAAAUUUGAUUUAUUUGUGUAAAGCUGGUUAAUAUUAAGUUGUUGCGUGACUGUAUCGGCGGUGAAUAAUAAAACAUGUUUUAUUUGUGGUGCUUGAUUGAUUUCAAAUGACUGGGGUUUUCAAAGUACAUGUGUAUAUAACUUGAAGAUUACAUGAUAACAGCCAUAAUUAUAAUCACAUCUGCGAAUGUGUCAAAGUUCAAAUUUUUACCAGUUCAUGUUAAAUGUUGAAUAGUGUUUAAGCCGAUGCUAAAGGACUAGGGUAGUAGCUUGCAAUUACCACUACCAUCCGUGAACAGGCUCUCAAUCAAUCCGACCCUGCAGCAAUUUCAAUUUUGCCUUGUUGGACUUUCUUUAGAUAUUCUGUUUUUCUCUAUUUUAUUGAAGUGUAAAGAUGGUUAAUUUUAGCUUCCUUAUGUUUAUAUUUAGUUUUUUGCAACAUCGUUAAAUUAUGAUAUAUAGUAAAAUUAUAUUAUAGGAUGAUAUAUGUUUAAAAAGUAAUACUAGUAUAUACACUCUGAAGUUUUAAUGAUUUGUAGCUAUUGGACUACUUACGAUAAAUUCGUACAAUGGUUAUUGUUAACAUUUUGUUUCACUUAUCAUCUAUAAGAAUAUUUUUAAAUCUUAAAAAUGCAUGCAAUCACAUAUCUCUUUUAAUUGUAGAAUAGUCACAGAUUCAUACCUAACAUUGUACCAUUUUCUCAUGAAUUUAUGACUGUCCUUUCACUCUAUGCAAUAAAUUCUUUUAUUAUAAAUAAAAGUAUACACUAUG